AUGCUGCAAACUUUAAAGAAAUUAAGGUUGUCAACAUGGAGCUACAGACCUACUUGCAGCGUACGAUGGUACAGCGAUGACGAAAAACCGGAUAAAAAACAAAAACCGAGUGGUAAAGAACAACCAAAAGCAAAACCAAUUGAUAAUAAAGAAGCAAUAUCUAGGCUUAAUGCAUUACUUGAAAGCAUGCCUUCUACUGCUUCUAAGAGUAAAAUAGAAAUUCCUUUAGCACCAAAUAAGAAAAAGACUCCAUCAAAAGAGUCAAAAGAAUCUUUGAAGAAACAUAUCGAUGCACUGAGGGAUGUAAGUGAAAGGAUUGCUAAAAAGAUUGGUGGAAAUACAGAGAAAACAGAAGCAGAANCGAUUGAUGUUCCUGACGCGUCCUUGAAAGAUUGUGAUCUUGCAAACCAUCAGAUGGUUGGUUUAAAGGAUUUAAACAGCGUCAUCCUAAAGUUUGCUUGCGAAAGCCAGAACUGGUAA